UUCCCCGCUCUUUAGUCGUGUGUACGUAGGUGCAUACUGCCAAUUCAUCUCUGAUACUGCAAACUAGGUACACAUAUCUGCCGUUGUUGUUGCGUAGCUCCUGCCUCGGACGGACAAAACGUCAACAACAGCCACUGUACGCUGUGAGAAAGAGACACGAGACGCUAACAGCGACGACAGACUGAAUGCUGCUACGAAAUGCCCGCCAAAAUAACCGAGAUCAAAUGCAAACGAUGCCGCAACGUUCUGUUUACCGAGGAGGCUUCACCUUCGCUCACAGCUCAUGGCCAGGAGAUCGGCAUUGGUUCCAGAAAUACCAGAUGUAACAGUGACGUGCCAGAAGAUUGCCUCUAUCUCGCCGAGGACAGUAUGCCCGACUGGAUACACGAGGUCGUCGAUCGAGAAAACUGGAUAAAAGGGAAACUGCAUUGUCCACUUUGUCGUGCUCGAAUUGGAUCCUUUGAUUUUGUCAGUCAGAGAAAGUGCAAUUGUGGACAAUUUAUACCACCACCAAUUAGAAUAAUAUAUUCAAAAGUAGAUGUUCCACAUCGGUGAUGCUAUUCAGAUUGAUUGCAAAGUUAAACAACAUUGAAAUCAUCAUUAUUACAUUUGCAUAUUAAAAUGUUUUGAAUAGAGAUGUGAAAGGAACCAUAGAUCAUAAGUACACAUAUUGUUUAUAUGAUCUAAAUUACCUGACACAAAAUUAAUCCUGUUACACUGCAAUAAGUUAUGUUAAUUAUGAUAGAGUAUAUCUAUUUCUGUAGUUUAACAUUUAUGAUGCAAAGUAAUUUAAUGACACUGAUUCAUGCAAAUUAGUUAGCAAGUUGAAACAAUUUACUUAAAAGUGUCUCAUUGAAAAUUUUAAUAAAUUUUAAAUAUUAGUUAUAUUAAUUAUUGUUAUGAAAUCAAAAAUCCAUAAUGAACAGAAUAGUACAAAUAAAAUUCAAAGCUCUUUGCUAUAUUUAGCAAGGGAGCUUAUAUUUUUUUAUUCAAUGUGUUAUUUAUAAAAUCUCAUAUAGUAAAUAUCAAAAAUGAAAUGUUCCAUCAGAUUAAAAUUCUACUUGGCUGAUAAAAUAUUUACAAAUGAAUAGAUUUAAUUUUAAUUAUCAUUAUUAGACUGACAUCAUUUAUUAUUUUAAAAGAUAUUCUAAAUUAUAGAUAUUUAUGAGACGUUUCAGUUAUGGAUGAAAUAUACUAAGCAAUUCAUAAACUUUCUUCUAUAUAUUUUUUCAGAAACAAUUUUUGGUUGGAGUGAAAUUUAUAUUUUUGUUUCCAGUAUGUAUUAUCAAAGUCUACCAGUUAUACUGUUGUCCUUUAAAAAUAACUAUUUACUACACAAAUUUUAUUUACAAUAGUAGGUACUCAAUUGUAGAUAUUCAUUACUCUUGCUAGACUUGUUAGAUAUUCAUCACUUACAAUAUUAUGGAAAUAGUGUUUAAAUAUUAUAUUGUAUUUUUACUUGUGAUACGUCUUAUGGCGAUUCAUACUGUAAAAUACAAAUAUAUAAUAAUAAAUAAACGUCAUUUCAAAA